UAUUGCCAUGCCCUUUUGUCAUUUAGGCUAUUACAAUUAGCAAGGCGUACCUAUUGCAUAAUACUAAAAUUAUCGUUUUUGUCACCACUACAGGCGCCAAGCGCUACUCUCUAGUCUCUACGUUUCUACCUACUGCCUUUUCACUUUUCGUUUUCACCGUUUUCAGAAUUCGGUUGAGUCAAUCUUAAACGAGUUGCCACUAGGCAGUAGGCGGCAGGCGCUUGUAGCUGAAUAGUGAAUGGUGUAUAGUUAUUCGCUAUUCAGAUUUCACGUUCAGUUGACGCCGUUGACGGUUGCUAUAGUUCGUUACUUAUAAUUGACUAUCGAAGUCAGGAAGUGAUUGUUGUCACUUAGCGCUUAUCAGUCAUCGUGGGAGAUAACGCGUUGUAUUUCAUCGUACCGUAAAAUAGAUAAGUACCUAUAUACCGUUGUAGUCGUACCAUAAUAUUCUAGAUCAUUCUAUGGGUGUUUGUCGUAUGAGUAUUUCACGAAUUGACAUCACCAACAGUCGAAUCGAUCAACAAUAAUAAUCCAUUAUUAUUUAUUCCCACGAUUGCCAAGACUUGCGCACAGACGCACUGUCGCGUUGAUCCCGUCGUCCAUCCAUUGCGCACUUGGCACUUGCGCGCCAUCGUUAUCUCAUUGCGCGGAGGCAAGCAGUUGUAUUACACCACUCGUCGUUUCGUCACUACGAAUCAUCGUCAAAAGCCGUUGUUUGCCCUAACACAUACAUUGUAAACACAGUUUGUUGUGUUGAAAUAUUACUCAUUUCAAACCGGACGUCCAGUUACAUAACCGUGGUUUGUAGCUUGUACGGAUUCACGUCACCAGUGGGAUACCACGAUUGCUGUGCGCUGAUAAGUGUCUUCCUGUGUGAUGACGCAGUAACGCACUGCAAUGUUGUUUGCCUCGUGUGAAUUAGUCAAUACUCAAUAGUGCAACAGUCAUCUGAACAAAUACAAAUACCUUUCGAAGUUCAAGAUUUAUUGAGCCAGUGUAUAAACAACAUUUGCAAUGAGUACGUGGCAACAGACGCAGACUCCAUACGGAUCAGGAGCCGCUCCACCUCCACCAGGAUUUUAUCCACAAGGUGCCCCAUAUCCAAAAGCUGAUGGUGGCUAUCCUGCUGCUGGUGGAUAUCCUGCUGCUGGUGGAUACCCUGCUGCUGGGGGUUAUCCUUCUGGUGGUGGAUACCCUCCUCCAUAUGCACAACAAAAUAUGCCUUACUAUGGAGCAGGAGCACCAGAAAAUAACAGUUUUAACGCACCUGAAAACUUUGGCUUCAGUGAUAAAACUAUACGUAAAAACUUCAUAUGUAAAGUUUAUAGUAUUCUGAUGUGUCAGUUACUUGUCACAUUAUUUUUUGUGGCUAUGGCAACUUUUCAUACGGACACUAAAAAUUAUAUUAAAGCACAUCCGGGGCUCAGUAUCAUCGCAAUUAUCAUUACUUUUGGUACUUUAAUUGCACUCGCUUGCUGUGAAAAUUUACGUCGCAAAAGUCCUACCAACUUUAUUCUAUUGUUUGUAUUCACCUUAGCUGAAUCAUUUUUAUUAGCUGUAUCUGUGUCACGUUACUAUCCAGAUCAAGUGAUGUUGGCUCUUGGCUUAACUACAUUGAUAUGUUUUGCUCUUACAAUAUUUGCUUUUCAGACUAAAAUAGAUUUUACAGUAAUGGGUGGCUUUUUAACAGUAGCUGUUAUAAUUUUACUUGUUGCAUCUAUUGUUGCUAUAUUUUUCCCUGGUAAAUUGAUGACACUCAUAAUUGCAUCUGCGGGGGCUAUCAUAUUUUCCUUAUAUCUUAUUUAUGACACCCAAAUGAUGGUUGGUGGUGAUCAUAAGUAUUCAAUCUCUCCAGAAGAGUAUAUAUUUGCAGCAUUAACCAUCUAUGUAGAUAUUAUAAACAUUUUUAUGUAUAUAUUAGCCAUUAUUGGAGCUUCAGGUGAUGAUUAAAAAUUGUAUGUCUAACGAUUAUUUAUAAAAAUAAUAAAACUGUUGAUUGUUUAUUUAAAAUUAAGUGAUGUAGAUUAUUAUUCCUUUUAGCUUUAAUUUUUCUGAUUAAAUAUAGUUAUUCUGUUAUUA